CUCACACGGCUAACAGGCUAGCAAGGUAGCGCCGGCUCACGUCGAACUUCAACUCCCACAAUUCGUAGCGCAGGAAACACUCGGGCCGUUGGUCGUGUCCCCUUCCUGUCCCGACUCUAAGCCGCUGUGUUUCACCACAGGACGACCACUCAGGUGGUGUGUGUGUCGCCAGCUAUGGAGCGUGUGAUGGGAGGGGGCAUGCUGCCUUUGGUUUUGGCAAGUGUGGGGGUCCUGAUGCUCUACCGGGUGCUGGUCCGCCUCAGAUCGGGAGCCUCUGUCCAGGACGCUGUGGUGGUCAUCACAGGGGCCAGCUCCGGCCUGGGAAAAGAGUGCGCGCGGGUCUUCCACAGGGCAGGUGCACGGCUUGUGCUGUGUGGCCGAGACGCAACGCGGCUGCAGGAGGUCGUCCAAGAGCUCACAGCAACUUCAGACACACAGACACAAACACACAUCCCCAGUAUAGUCACCUUCGACCUGGCUGAGACGGAGACAGUGGGCAAAGCUGCAGAGGAGAUCCUUAAGUGUUACGGCCAGGUUGACGUCCUUAUCAACAACGCUGGAAUCAGUUACCGUGGUAACAUCCUGGAUACCCACGUUUCGGUUCAUCGGAACGUCAUGGAAACAAAUUACUUUGGGCCCAUUGCUCUGACUCAAGCCCUCUUGCCCUCUAUGGUCCACCGGCGCAGUGGCCACAUUGUGGUCAUCAGCAGCGUCCAAGGCAAAAUGGCCAUUCCUUACAGAUCAGCUUAUGCUGCCUCCAAACACGCCACGCAGGCCUACUUCGACUGUUUACGCGCAGAGGUGGAUCACUACGGGAUCCCAGUGACUGUCAUCAGUCCUGGAUACAUCCGAACCAACCUGUCUCUGAACGCCGUCACAGGGGAUGGCUCCAAGUACGGAGUUUUGGACAAGACCACAGCAACUGGCCGAGAUCCCAGGGACGUGGCUCAGGCAGUCCUGCACGCUGUCCGUCACAAGAGUAAAGACGUUGUUCUGGCAGGGCCCCUGCCCACGCUCGCCAUCUACCUCCGCACGCUGUGGCCUGCCCUCUUCUUCAGACUCAUGUCCUCUCGCGCUCGCAAGGAGCAGAAAGCUAAAGAUGAGUGAGGAGGAGUGAAGCAGAGGGAGGCAAGGGCUGAGAGGCUCACAGGGCGGGACGUCCAGCAGGAGAGAUGUUACAGACAAGUCAGGAGACUGUGAACCUGCCAUGUGGAAGUCAUACAGACAUGAACAGCUUCAGCAAUGCUUGUCCACAACACUCGUGACAUAUAAAUUGAUAUUGAUGUGUUGGUGUAACAUCUGAAAACUACACAGUAAACCAGUAGCAUGUAGACUGCCUGGCAGCAAGACCUCAUGGUCAGCAUUUCUUUUCCCUGCACUGACUGACUACUGCAGUUUGACCAGAUUUAACAAAUUGUAUGGUUCAGCUGUUGUAAUUUACCACCAUUUCUGCAAUUCAGGAAUAAACCUUUUUUUUACAUAAUGCCAAAACACUGAUUUACAGUUUAACUGCUCUAAAACUGCUAGCUGUACUAGCAGUUUUACUGGUUAUACUGGUCUACUGGUUAUACUGGUUUAUACUUGUCCUUCAAAACACAAAGAGGAGGACAAGAUGUGUGAUCAGAGGAAACUCAAAGCUCAAGGCUCCAUAGACAGUUUGAGCAAGUGAUGCUGUGUUAAUUAUUGGCAUUGGAUUGGAGUAUCAGCAAUUAAUACUCUGAGUUGCUGGUAUUCAUUUGACAUGGGGUUUUCAUAACCAUUAAUUUUGAUUAAUUGAUAAAGCAUUCAUAAUUAAAGUGGCACCUAAUUGCA